CAACUAACGCCACACAGCAGUGCAACACUGCAGCGUACUCUGUUCUCCGCCUUCUCUCCCGCCGCCGGCGGCUUCACCACCCUCACGGCAGUCAAGCUUUUCGUGCUCUGGACUUCUGUGAACACUGAAGGAGUAAGAAUGGAAAAGGUCUCAGAUGAUUAUGGAGCUUUCAUUGACAAAUUCACACUUCAACCAAACUCUUCUUCUCCACAACUUCCUUUACAUGGCCUCACCUUUGCUGUAAAAGACAUAUUCGAUGUGAAUGGGUAUGUGACUGGAUUUGGGAAUCCAGAUUGGGCAAGGACUCAUUCUGCUGCAACAUCUAAUGCACCUGUGAUUUUGGAUCUUCUAAAGGCAGGUGCCACCGGUGUUGGCAAGACUUUCAUGGAUGAAAUGGCAUACAGUAUAAAUGGUGAGAAUAUCCAUUAUGGGACACCCAGAAAUCCUUGUGCUGCAGAUAGGGUUCCUGGAGGGUCUUCUAGUGGAUCUGCUGUUGCUGUCGGUGCAAUGCUAGUGGACUUUUCCUUAGGUACCGACACGGGGGGAAGUGUAAGAGUCCCUGCAUCAUACUGUGGGAUAUUUGGAAUCCGACCAUCUCAUGGAGUUGUUUCAACUACUGGAGUUAUUCCAAUGGCACAAAGUUUUGAUACAGUUGGAUGGUUUGCUAGGGAUUCUUCAAUCUUGAAGCGAGUUGGGAAAGUCUUAUUGCCAUCUCAAGACUUGCUUCCUGUUAGACCUAAUCAAAUUAUCAUUGCAGAGGAUUGUUUCAAGCUUCAAGACUUUUGGGGCAGCCAAUUCACAAAAGCUCUGAUAAAUUCAAUAGAAAAGUUAUAUGGACGCGAGACCAUUAAACACACUCAUCUGGGAGAAAUUGUUAAGGAAAAUGUUCCAAGUUUGAAACCUUUCAUGAGCCAGGGAUCUGAAGGUCAAGAAUACAUACCCUCGCUAUUAGCUCUUUCAAAUGCUAUGCGAUUGCUUCAAAGAUACGAAUUCAAGGAGAACCAUGGUGAAUGGGUUAGUACAAUUAAGCCCAAUUUAGGUCCUGGAAUAGCAGAACGAGUUUGGGAAGCCCUCAAGACCACAGAUGAAAAGAUUGAUGUCUGCCUCUCUGUAAAGGCUGAACUAAAAGAAGCUCUUGCUGCACUCCUAGGGGAUGCUGGCAUCCUUGCUAUCCCCACAGUUCCUGGACCUCCACCGAAGCUACAGACAGACCCCACAAGCUUGGAAGCCUUUCGUGUCAAAGCUUUUAGUCUACUAUCCAUUGCCGGAGUAUCAGGAUUUUGCCAGGUGAACAUACCCCUCGGAGUACAUGGCAAUCUUCCUGUAGGAAUUUCAUUGUUGGCAAAGCAUGGGUCUGAUCUUUUCCUACUCGAUAUUGUUGAUACUAUCUAUGGAACUCUCAAGGAACAGGUUGAAUUGCUAAAAGAGUGAUUACUGAACUUCAUUCAUAUGUUGCUGCUGUAAAUCAGAUUCCAAUUAGUGUGUUGAUUGUCGGUGGCCUUCCAACAUGCUUUUUAUUGACUGCAAAUGCCAUAAAUGUUGUCAAAUGUCAUCACUGGACAGCUUGACUAUUUAAACUCUUAGCUAAAAAUGCCACUUGUGGUCCAACCCCCACCUUAGACACUAAUGCAAUUAAAGAAGCUGUCGUUGCAUGGCAUGGAUUGG